UCAUUUUGUGUGCUUGUGCAUGUCUAAAUGUGCAGCAUAAUUGAAAAUGUGGUUGGUGGGAGAUUACUCAGCAGCCCCUCCCAAAUACUACAAUUCCCAGAAGCCUUUGCGAGAGCUGGUGGGUGGGAGGAGCCAGGGCUAGGCUGGGUUCUAUUUCAACUGCUUGCAACAGAAAGCGCAGCCGCCGGGCAACCUGAUGGUGGAUUACUGGAUAGGUUAGGGGGCUUUUGCUUUGCAAGAGGGGACGGAGGGGGGGUGAUCUUUCAGAGGAAAAGCGGACCGACGUGGGAGCAGGAGAUCCAUUGGGGGAUCUGGUAUCUGGGAGAACAGGAGGAGGCUGGACUGCAAUGGGGUGUUUCUGAAAGUGAAAGCAGAGCUGCACUGAAAGGUUACAUUUGGGGGGACGGGAGAUUUUUUUGGGGGUGGGGAAGGGCGAAGGACGUGGAGAGGCGUCCUGGGUGGACACAGCCUCGCUCAGGGGACGGGCCUUGAGGGUGCCUCCUGUGAAAUGGGCCUAUUUGGCUGCAGGGGUUGGUGGCUACAGUAGGAUCAGCCCUUGCGAGGUCAGCCUUUCCUGGCCUCAAGCUGGGGCCGUCCAGGUAAGGGGAGGGUUGGCAGCUGGGGGAUGGCCUCUCCGUCCAAACAGGGGUCCCCUGGCGGGGCAGGGCUACUGCAAGGGAGCAGGACCCGAUCCUACGGCAGCCUGGUCAAGACGGUCAGCUCGCCGGCGCGCGAGAGGCGGCUGGAGCAUCGGCUUGAGCCUGAGGACACUCUCCAGGGGUUGGCGGUCAAGUAUGGGGUCACGACAGAGCAAAUCAAGAGAGCAAACCGGCUGUACACCAGCGACUCCAUCUUCCUCAAAAAGACUCUCUACAUCCCUGUACCGGUCGAACCCAAGGCACUGUUGUCCAACGGGUUAGAUCUCGAGGAAGAUGAGGAGGAGAAGGAGAAGGUGGAAGAAGGGGAGACGGGGGCCUUUCAGCCCGAGACCCCCAAGAAGCAGAAGCAUCCGCGGAAGAACGGGGCGUCGGGGGCCUCUGCCCCCAAGCAUGACCUCUCCGCCGCGGACUUCCUGUUCAAGCUGGACUCUGAGAUCCGCCGAUCCAAGCAGGCCGCCACGAAGAAGCUGCGGGAAGGGGGCAGCUCGGUUUCUGGGAGCGAGCCAGGAUCUCCCCACUCCACGGCCGCCUCCUCUCCUUCCUCCUACCAGAAUGAGGCUUCUUCCCGCGCUGUCCUGGGCCCCGUGCCCCUCACCAAAAUCGCCCGUGCUGACACCCUCCGCGACCAAGAGGACGAAAUCUUCAAGCUCUGAGCGACGCCACUUCCCUCCUUCCGCUGUCCGUGGGGCUCCGGUGACCACAAGAGAGCUUCCCCGUCCCUUUGCCCCCCACCCCACCGGACCCACCGGUAAGGGGACUCUCCCGCUGCAAACAGCCAAGGAGCCGGGAAUUGUUUUUGGAGGACGGACGACCCCCGUAGACGGGCGCUUCGGAAGGGGCCUCUGGCGCAUCAGCAUCAUCGACGACCCAUUUCUGCCUCCUGGAUUUUGAACAGACUCUUUGUGCGUCUUUGUCUCUGUGUACCUUCGUUUUCUCCCUCCUCCUCCAUCAUAUUUAUCACCUUAAGUGCUUUCUUGCCCAUCCUCAAAGUCCGAGGAUAACCUUCCCUUAAUGCCCCCCCCGUGGUAUAUAUAGAGCAGCUGGCUGAACAGAAGCGAAGGGGGCGCUGUUGUGCUAUGGGAAACCUCUCCCUUGUUUUCCGGCGGUCAGUUUAGGGCUGGGGUGGCCGCCGUGGGAUCCCUGGUGUGGCUGGGCGUUGGGCGAGGGCUUGUUGGGUCUGUGCUCGACUUAACGGUGGGAUCCCUGAGCCGUUCCAGCCCACCCCCCUUCCACUUCCAAGGCUCCAUCUCCUCACCCCGCAGACUUCCGGGAGUCCUCUUGUUGUACUGCCUCCCCUGUGAUUAAAACAACUGGCAGUUUUCGCUGACUUCCAA